UAAAGUGUAGUAAGUUUAGGGUUCUAGCGAGCCGCGUUCUAGGGUUUCUGCGCGCUCGCGAAGAUGAGGCCGAUUCUCAUGAAGGGCCACGAGCGCCCGCUCACGUUCCUCAAGUAUAACAGGGACGGGGAUCUGCUCUUCUCGUGCGCCAAGGAUCACAAUCCCACUGUGUGGUACGGCCACAAUGGUGAGCGGCUCGGGACUUACAGAGGCCACAAUGGAGCUGUGUGGUGUUGCGAUGUCUCAAGGCAUUCGACUCGGUUGAUCACUGGCUCCGCCGACCAGAGUGUCAAGCUCUGGGACGUGGAAACUGGGACUCAGCUUCACACCUUUAAUUUCGUAUCGCCUGCCAGGGCUGUGGAUUUCGCCGAGGGAGACAAGCUCGCGGUGAUCAGCACGGAUCCCUUCAUGGAGUCUGUGUCAGCCAUUCACAUCAAGAGCGUAGAGUCGAGUGGCUUGCAGCAGGGAUCCAUCAAAACUUUCACGGGGCCAACCGGGCGAAUCAACAGAGUCGUGUGGGGGCCUUUGAACAAGACGAUCAUCAGCGCUGGAGAGGACACAGUGAUACGUAUCUGGGAUGUGGAGACUGGCGAGGUGAUCAAGAAAACCGACAAGGAGAAUGGACAUUCUCGUGCCAUCACUUCACUCUCGCUCUCUGCGGAUGGCUCCCAUUUCAUAACUGGCUCUCAAGACAAAACCGCGAAGCUAUGGGAUACCAGGACUCUCACUUUGCUCAAGACUUAUUCCACUGAGAGGCCAGUGAACGCUGUCGCCAUUUCUCCGCUCAUGAACCAUGUUGUCGUUGGAGGUGGACAAGAAGCAUCCCAGGUGACAACCAGUGACCGACGGGCCGGAAAAUUCGAGGCCAAGUUUUUCCACAAGAUCUUUUGCGACGAGAUCGGUGGUGUGAGAGGGCAUUUCGGUCCCAUCAACGCGCUCGCAUUCAACCCGGAUGGAAGAAGUUUUUCUAGCGGUGGUGAAGAUGGUUACGUUCGAUUGCACCAUUUUGACCCGGAUUACUACAAGUUACAGUGAGAUGGAAGUUUUGAGCCAGAAAUGUUUUUCUAGCGACGGUAAAGAUGGUUACGUUCGAUUGCACCAUUUUGACCCAGCUACAGUGAGCUGAAACCUGUUGUUUUUCCUUUUCUCUUUAUCCUUGUUUCUUAUCAUAUGAUCAUCGAUCGAAGUAGCAAAUGUGUAAGGGACCUUUCUUUCUUCC